GCGGAGCUACUAACGGCUGAGAUCAUUACGAAGAAAUAUCUUCCAAGUUCUGGUCGAACUUCUGAAGCGGACUGGUUCCGCCCAACUUCUUCCCCCUACAGGUUCCGACUUCUCCCGCCAAUGAGGAAGUUGUGGGAAGUUGGUGGUUCCCCCGCAGGGACGCCAGAGAUGCUCCGCCCGGUAACGGUCCGAUGUUAGCCCGGCUGCUGCUAGCCUCGCUGCAACAGGUCUGCCCCCGGUUCUACGAGCCGCCCGGUCCGGAUGGAGAGCAGAACCGCCUCCAGGUACUCCUGGAUCGACUUCGCCUUCUCGGUGGUGGGAGUUUGCACCUUCCUGCUGGACUGGGGCUCCGACCUGUGGCUGGCCAAGGAGUUCUACUGCCGGGGGGACUUGUUCUGGUUCGGGGUGCUGGUCGGCCUCAUGGUUCUGUCCUCUGUCGUGGUCCAAAUGUUCAGCUGGUUCUGGUUCCAGUACGACCGGGAGCUGCCGGGGUUCAGCGAGCAGACCCCGGGGGCAGGGAGCGUGUUCUGCGGGGACCGAGCCAAGCUGUUCUGCAUGUUGCAUGUUCUCCAGCUGGGCUUCCUCUGCAGACACGUGUCGGCCAUCCGUCAGGGCUUCAGGGUGUGGUGGAGGAAGGAGGCGGGGUCAGAGUACGCCGUCUACCUGACGCACGAUCUGAGCAUGCUCCGUCUGAUCGAGACGUUCUGUGAGAGCGCCCCCCAGCUCGUCCUGAUGGUCUACGUCAUGCUCCGCACCAACCGGGCCAGGACCGUCCAGUUUGUGAGCGUGGCGGCCUCCGUGGCCUCCGUGGCCUGGAUGGUGGUGGACUACCACCGCUCUCUGCGCUCCUUCCUGCCAGACAAGGCCGAGCAGCGCUGGGGUUCCUCCAUCGUCUACUUCCUGUGGAACCUGCUGCUGAUUGGCCCGCGGGUCGCCGCCCUCGCCCUCUUCUCCUCCGUCCUGCCCGGCUUCAUCGCCUUCCACUUCCUGCUGCUGUGGCCGGCGCUGGUUCUGUGGGCCUGGCGGCAGGACACCGGCUUCAUGGACAGCGCGGGCGGCGAGUGGCUGUACCGCGCCACCGUGGGCCUCAUCUGGUACUUCAGCUGGUUCAACGUGGCCGAGGGCCGGACGCUGGGCCGCAGCCUCGUCUACCACACCUUCGUCACGGCCGACGUGGCCGUCCUCCUCGCCACCUGGUGGAGCUACAGAGACCCGGUCCAGACGGCGGCGUACGGCGCGGCGCUGCUGCUCGCCCUGCCGCUUUGCUACCUGCUGGGGUUGCUGCUCAAAACGCUCUACUACUGCCGCUUCCACCCCACGCUGCCGCCGGACCGCGACCCACACGACCUGCCCGACUCCGACGUGGCCUCCAGGGCCCUCCCCAUCCAGGACGGAGCGCCGGCCGCCCCGCUGCUCAACCAGCGAAUGGCCUGCCACGCCGCGCAUUUCUACACCGACCGUCGCCACGCUAGGGCCAGGGGACUGGGUGGGGCUACCUGUGAAGUGGGCGGGGCCAUUGGCUGAGUGGGCGGGGCCGGGGUGUCUCAUUCCUGAGCACAGCUUCCUGUUCUGCUGCAGCAGCUUCCUUUCCAAAGGCCUUACAGUGGCAGUCGCCCAGGGCAACACGAUUUGACGGCCCCAAAGACUAGAAUAUUUUUAUAAUGAAUGCAUGUUUCUCAUUGGCUCACAUUUUUAUUAAUGUUUCUGAUACUCCAAACAUGGAGCCCUCUCACAUGUGAUCCUGCUGUUGCCUUACCUCACAUAUUAAUGAGUAAAAUGUCUUAUUUUACUAUUUUAGUAUUUUAGUGUUUUAGUAUUUUAGUGUUUUAGUAUUUUAGUA